AGAGCAGGAUUUGACAUCUAGCUAUGUUAUCAUCAGCAUGGAUGGUGUACCCCAGCUGACAGUGCACUGGUGAAGGAGGCCCUUCCUAAUCACACGAACCAAACAGAAGAAAAAGUCCCGGAAGGUAGAUCAGAAGAGAGUAUGGAGGUGGAUGGGGCUCCGACUGCCCCCGAACAACCAAAAGUUACUGCCCCAACAGUUCCAUCAGUAACGUCUGAUAUUACAAAUGGCACAUCUCAGAAAGAUUCCCAGCCUGACUCUCAUCCAUCAGCAGAUUCCACACCAGUCUCAUCUCUGCCCAUUGAUAAUUCUAAGGAGUUGACCAAAUCAGAACCAGUUAUUCCUAAGCCUGUUCGUACCUUUGAUCCUAGUCCAGACAUUUUCCACCGAACUUGUGUAUGUAACCCAAACAUUGACUUAAGUUCUGUGGCCAGUUCCCACAAGUUCAGUGUUGCAAGCUACAACAUUCUAGCUGAGUGCCAUCAGCUCAACGGCGACUACAGCUACACCGAAGACAAGUAUCUUGUGCAGGAGUAUCGCCAUUCGCUGCUGCUGCGAGAACUAAACUUCUUGGAUGCGGACAUCGUGUGUUUACAGGAAGUCAAUCCGCAGUACUACAACACUAUUUUACUACCUGCUCUUCGUCAGAGUGGUUAUGAGGGCAGAUUUAUGAAGCGAACAAAGGAGUCAUUUGAUGAAGGGGAGGCAACUUUUGUCAAGACAAACCGCUUCAGUAUAGAGUCAAGUAAAGGAGUCUCCCUGGCAGAGCUGUCCAAAAAGAACAUCAAUGAGAGUCUGAACAAGGAGGUACAGCAAGCUGUGGAGGAGUAUUUAGACCGAGCUGAUGUUGUCCACAUUAGUCGACUGCGAUGUAAACAGACAAACAAAGUCGUCACUAUUGGAAAUAUUCACGUUGUUUGGGAUAACCUUAGCAGUCCAGAUGUCCAGAGUAUUCAGAUAGCUUCAGCCGUGAAGGAGCUGGUGAGUCAGGCUGGUAGUGACAGCAGCCCCCACUUACUGUGUGGAGACUUCAACUCCCCAGCCACAAGUGUGGGCUACCAGUUGGCCCGAGACGGAUAUCUCUCCGACUCCAACAUCGCCUCCUUACAGGCUGUAGACAACCUGAAGCUGGAAACUGGAUCUAAAGCUUUGAUCAAUCACUUGUGGGGAGCCUUCCAACACACCUCCUCCAAUCUGACCAGUGCAUACAACACAUGUCAGGGUGGGGAACCAGAGUUUACAACAUACACAAGCAACAUGCUGGAAGGAGUGGACUACAUUUUCUAUGGCAGCGAGGGACUGGGUGUGGCCGACAUCCUCAGGGUCGUGGACAGCGAAGUUUUGGAGGAGACUGGUGGAAUACCCAACAAGGACUUGCCAUCAGACCAUCUCUCACUCAAGUCAACCCUCUAUUUUAAAUAGGUACAGGCAAUACUGAGUCCACCUACAUCACUGAAUCAGCUACACCCUGGCUUCCUCUCAGAAAGGACUACAUUGUCUAUGAAGACAGGGAUCAGAUUAUCUAUAUUUUCUGGAAUAAUGAAUUGUUUACCAAUGAAAUAUCCAGCCCGUGGUAAAACUGUCAUGUCCACUUUUAUGUGUAACUAUAAUACAACUGAGCUUCCCUGAACAAGCUGGAUGGGUUAGUGGUGAGCUUGUGUCAAGAAUUCAUUAUAUUAGCAUUCAGUAUUUCCUUACCCCGGUUCGAACACGGUAUCCAUUAGGGCAGAACCUACCGAUCUAUCGAGCAGCUAGUUGAAUUGGAAAAUGAUCUAGUCCAAAACGAUGUAACAAUUAAGCAUGACAUUAAAUAUCAAUGUCCUUAGUUUGGACUUGCUCUUUGUAGACAGUAUACUGUUUCAAGUUUAAUGUUCCCAGUUUGUCAUUAUUGUUAGUUGUUACAUGAGCAACCUGAAAAGUAAUUAGCUGUAUUUCUGGACUUGUUAAUUUGUUAUUUUUUUUAGAUUUUUUGUUGUAAGGUUACGAUCAAUACAAUCGUGAUACAUCACCGUUCAGGUGUAACAACUGUAGGGGGUGUUCAUGUUUGAUUAAUAACGCAGUGUUUUGUUAGAUGUUGACAUUGUGAUGUGAAUGUAGCCGGAAUUAACGAAUGGACCAAACAGCGUAUCUGAAGCAGAUAUGACAGUAUAUGAAGCUGCUCUCCUGCCUGGCUGGGAUGUAACAGUACGGACCUGUAAUUGAUGCUUAAAUUACAAUAUGGACGUGUUCAGCUUUGUAAAUACUGCAAAUUAUUAGUGCUUUGCAAAUGUAAGUCAUGUUAAUUGUGACUCCCUAUUGCACUAGAGAGAUACUAGGGUGUGUUAGGUUACAGAGACUAUUUGAGAUACUCUUGUACCAAUACAAUCAUUGUCCUACUAUUGUUGCAGUAUAAACAGAACUUGGCUAUUACAUGUACUUUGUGUGUAGCUGUCACCCCAUGGUUGGCUUAUCAAGUACUGUCAGGAAAUGAUCGUAUGACCCUGUUAUGUUUAAAUAUGGUUUUGUAUUGUAUUGCACCACCCUUAAGUUGUUACACCUGUGGUUUCUGUGACAACCUGUAGUCUGUAUGCCAGGAUGCUCUCAGUACUGACUGUAGUCUGUAUGCCAGGAAUGCUCUCAGUACUGACUGUAGUCUGUAUGCCAGGAUGCUCUCAGUACUGACUGUA